GCAAGAAGACAGACAAGCAAUCCACCUAGUGACUCUCAACCGAUCCAUAUCAUAGAACCACAAGAUUCAUUUCGUCGCUCGAAAUAAGGAAUCAUUAAAUACGGGUUUUCUGAUAAAUCAAUGACAACUCCUAUCAACAAGGAUGAGAAAAGUUUCGAGAUAACUACAACAAAAGGUGUUUUUUCUUCGCGAAGAAAGCUGUGAUUAGAUCUAUUCAAAAAGGACAGAUAUUUCAUUUUGUUCUCAAUGGUCAAGCUUGAUAACUUUAACUUCACGAUUAAUGUAAGCAACUGGGUGGAAAAUGAGGACAUUAACACUGAGGAAAUUGGUUUUGAAUCCUUGUUUCAUUUUAUAGUGAUCGGUGUUUUGAGUACAACUGUUAGUCUCUUUGGUAUCGUAGGAAACGUUAUUUCAUUGAUUAUCUUAUCUCACAAACAAAUGAGAACGUCGAUUAAUUGUUGUCUUCAGGGAUUGGCAACCUUCGACACGGCUGUCUUAGUAACAGCUAUGUUGAUGUUAUGUUUGCCAACAAUUGGCUCUAAAGUUUCUAUGUUGUCCAGCUACACAAAUAUAAUAUUUCCUGUCAUUGUUCCAGUUGUCUACCCUUUAGGCCUCAUGGCACAGACUGGGUCAGUUUGGGUCACGGUAAUCGUGACCGUGGAGCGCUAUAUCGCUGUUUGUCACCCACUGAAAGCACGUGCCUUCUGUACUAAACGGCGAGCUUUUCUCUACAUCACAGGUGUCACCAUUUUUGCUUUUUGUUACAAUAUUCCCAGAUUUUACGAACUUGAGUGUAUCAGUAUCAUUGAUCCAGUCACAAAUUCAACAGUAUAUAAUGUUGCUCCUUCCAAAUUUCGCCAGAAUGCACUUUACUUUGAAGUUUAUCACGUCUGGUUCUACCUGUUCAUUAUGUACUUCCUUCCCUUUCUGACCUUGGCGUUGUUAAAUAGCACCAUCUGGCAAACCGUUCAAAGAUCCAAUAAGAAUCGACGACGUCUCACACGACAGCAAGAAAAUGAAAUCAAUUUAGCCAUGAUGUUGUUCUGUAUAGUGGGCAUAUUCUUUGUCUGUAACAUUCUAGCACUUAUUGUGAAUAUAAUGGAAUAUUUCGGUGAAGUGAUUAAUUCAAUGGUUGCUGUUUCAAACUUGUUAGUAACUGUCAACUCCUCUAUCAACUUCAUUAUCUACUGCAUAUACGGCCAAAAAUUCAAAACGAUGUUUCUGCGCAUAUUCUCCAAAUGUCACAUCAUGGAGCACUUUAACGAAGAAGAAAGUACGAAUGUUGCGCUACAAAUGCGCAUUAAUGGUAUUCAGGAAUCAACAAAGUAUGUACCAUCUCGAUUACACGUUCGAUCAUCAAGUGUUUCUGUAACUAAUGUGUAAGACACGGCUUGCAGAAAUAUGACUUUUGACUUGUACCUGUUUCUCCUCUUGACGAACACCAAGAUACAAGGUUUUUCUGUCCGUUUUCAGAACUAGUAGCACAGUUACAUCUGAAUGACGGUGUGCAAACUUCAAUUCAUUUUGUGGUUAAAUAAAAACCGUAACUGUAAAAGUUUAUGUUCACUAAACGUGACUUGGGGAAAGGUCAGUCGUUUAAAAAGAAAAAACAACAACAUACCAUUCCCAUCAAACAACAGUAAUACCGAUGUCUUACAAGCCUGAGUCCAGAAAGUCCAACUUCACUACAAAACCACCAUUUUAAGAAUCCCCAAAACGACUUUGUAAAUAAAUAGUUUAUUAACUCAUAGUCAUUGGAGGUACCAUUACGUUAUAUACAGUUAGAACAGGUUGAGUAAAUUAUUCACAUACAGAGAGUACCUAUGGAUUUUACUAAAUACCCUAGACAUCAACGUCUGGUCAAUAACAAGAUAGCAGAUGAGUUUCGAAUAUCUAUAUUACCGUAUAAGUUCAGGAGUAAUGAAAUACAAAUACAUAAAUCGAACUGCCAAAUGACAGUUAAGACUAGUUGUUGUUUUUGUCAAUUAGGAAUUUGGA